GAGGAGGCCGACGCGAGCCCGGAUGCAGCGACGGACGAUGGGUUCGAUCUCGACGCCGUGGACACCUUCGUCUCGCUCAUGGAGCGCAGACUGUCGGCGACCAAGAUCCUAGCUCGGGCUGACAUCGUCUACGCCGGUGAUCUCUCUGCAAAGGACCCCUCUACGCUUGCCAUACGAGAGAGGAUCGCACAGGAGAACGCUGCUGGCGCCGAGCACCUCAUGUCCGCUCAAAACCUGCAUACUAAGCUAGACUUCCUCUUGCAACAUACCAUGCAUCAUGCCAGCGCACGCCUAUGGAUCGAGAGCUUCUUGUUCCGAAUCACAGCAAUGAUCCAAACUGACAAGCAGCUCGUCAUCGGGCUCGAAGUUUUUGCUGCUCCAGAGGUUAUCACGACAACACCCCCCACCAUCGCAAUCGGCGCUCAUGUCAAUUACGUUCUCUUCUUCGUCGACAAGCGUGCCGCUCCGAGAAUGCUGGAUGCAGUAAAUCUCGAAUCUGCCUUGAGAAACAAAGCUCAAGCGGUGCCUGGUCUUUUUGUGGCAGAAGCGAAGGGGGAUUCCCACAUGCUCGGCACACAUGUCCCUCAAGCAGUGGUCGAGAUGCAAGCAUGUGCAAGACGGCUGAAGUCGACCUAUAUCCGAGGAGCCUUGACAAAUGGAACAAGUUGGAUCUUCCUGCUCCUCGAGUUGGACACCAGCUUUCUCGGUGGGCGGUACUGGGAGUCGGCUCGACAGGAUGUUGUGAUCCAGAGCAGCGGUGACAGGAGGUGGGUUGAUGAGGAGAGCGUGGAUCGAAUGGCUGCACUGCUAGCUCACUGGGCGAAGCAUUGUGCGGAGGACCUGACCGAAGAUGAUUGGUUCGAGAAGCUGUUCAUGGUCGACGCGGAAUCGGGGCCGCCCCGCGUUACGUAUCCCACGUCUUAUAUGGGCUACGCCGACCCACCGCAGCCCGGCACCGACGCCCCUGACCAGGGACACGCACUCGAGGACCUCCGCCUUUAUCGCCUGUUUCUCUCCGCCACUGUCGCGCUGAGCCGUGUCAUGGUCGACCCCAGUCAGAGACGGAAGCAACCCAGGCCGCCCCGACAUCUUGCGCGCACCGCCGACGGGAGCUCGCGGACCUCGGAGACGGAAAUUUCUCGCGUAUCUACAUAA